GACAAGGAAUUUUUUUUAUGGUGUGUUUAUUAUUGUUUUGAGGUUUUUUUUUUUCACAGCAUUGCUGUUAUUAAUAUGUCAUAUGCUCCCAAGAAAUGUCUUUUAGAAGCGGAUGUUGGAAUUACUCAGUAUAUUGGUUGCAACAAAGGUUUUUCAGGUAUAAUUAAGCAUCGUUUUUCAGAUUUCCACGUAAAUGAAGUUGGGUUAGAUGGCUCUAUAAUAAAGUUAACUGACGAAUCAAUUCCAGAUGAAAUACUGGAUUCAUCAGAUGUGGGGUACAAAAUUGAUGCUGUUACUCCAGAAGUUUUAUUGCAGCUUGUUGAACUUGCUAUGCAUGGUGGCACAGACGUAACAAUUGAUGUUACUGAUAAAUCGAAAGACGAAAGAAGAGAGAUACACGACAUGAUACGUAAAAAGUUUCCGUCUAAACUAGUGAGUAACACUAAGGAGAAAGAGGGCAAGAAAACUAUGAUUGUUUCUAAAGCAAACAAGCCCAACAGCGACAAGAGAUCUGUGUGGCCCGCGCGGCGGAAAGGUGACUUUGUCCAUUUUGUAAUGUACAAAGAAAAUAAAGACACAAUGGAAGUUGUUAAUUUAAUUGCUUUCAAACUGAAGAUGAAACCGAAUAACAUUUCCUAUGCUGGGACGAAAGACAGACGUGCUAAGACAUCACAGAUGUUAUGCGUAAGAAAGGUGGAGCCAGCCAGGCUGGCAUCUAUCAAUAAAUAUUUGAAUGGCAUUAGUCUGGGGAAUUACGUAUUUAGAACGUCAGCUCUGAGGCUAGGUGAUCUGAAAGGCAACCACUUCAGAAUAGCUAUUCGCAAUGUUUCCUGUUCAGCAGACGACUUAGAAUUGGCUUUAAACUCAUUGAAACAAGAUGGAUUUAUUAAUUACUACGGGAUGCAGCGUUUUGGCAGUACACUUGAGGUUCCUACUUAUUUCAUUGGCAGAGCUCUUCUUUUGGGAGAUUGGGCCAACGCCAUCGACUUAAUAUUAACUCCGAGAGAGAAUGAAACUCGAUUCGAUGUUAAAGCUGCAAGGAAAACUUGGCAGGCGACGAGAAAUGCAGAAGCAGCGUAUGAGAAGUUGGGAAAGGGGCAGAACACCCCAGAAGGAAAACUGCUGCAAGGUCUAAUGAAAAAUGGUUCUGAUAAAAUGGGUGCAUUAAACUUCAUUCCACGCAACUUGAGGUUGCUUUAUCUACACUCCUACCAGAGUUUAGUUUGGAAUAAGAUAGUAUCUCGGCGCAUCAAAGAAUUUGGUUUGAAGCCAGUAGUGGGAGACCUGGUGUUGGCGGACCGUGGAGAUGGAACAUGUGCGGACUCGGAGCAGGAGCUCGGUGCAGAUGCACCGGACGGUGAGCCAGCCGGGCAAGUGGAGCAAGAAUGCUCGGAAGUGAACGGACUGCGUGUCUCCGUGCUGACGCAAGACUCGGUGAAAGACGCUAGCAUGAGCGACGUGGUGCUUCCACUACCAGGGUACAGCGUGAAGUACCCGGAAAACGAGGUCGCCCGGUGGUACGAGGAACUCUUGAAGGCAGAUGGGUUGACAUCUGCCACCAUGAGGCAAAAAGCAAAAUCGUAUUCUCUCGCCGGCACUUACAGGCACCUGGUGAAACAUCCGGAAAACCUGUCGUGGAAGACUUUGCGCUACUCCUCUCCAGACGACACAUUGAUCCUCUCGGACCUGGAGCAGUUGCGUCUGGCAGAAGCACCCGGCGACGCCGCGCACGGCAAGCACACGGCGGUCAUCGUGGAGUUCGCGCUGCCGUCGUCGUGCUACGCGACCAUGGCGCUGAGGCAGGCCAUGAGGCAGGACACGUCUCCGCGGCACGCAGGGCGGGGGGCAGGGGACGCACGGGAGGAGAGUGUUGAUGGUGACGCCACGAGAGUGAAGGACAAGAGAGAGUGUGACUCUGAACAGUCGCUCGCAAAGAAAGUUAAGUCAAGCAAUUCUGAGUGAUGUACUUCCAUUGAUUGUGAAUAUGUAACCUUGUAAAUUACCUAAGUAAAGUGUGUUUUUUUAUUUGUUCAAAUUUUUAAGUCUAAGGUUGAUAACUUGUAUAAAUUCUAAGGGUAUAUUUUAUGAUGACUCAUUAGUAAUGUUACAUGGAUAUUUUGAUGUAAAAUUGCCUCCUGCAUAUUUUACUUCCGAGUGAUAAUUUUCUGUGAUUACCCGAGUCAACUUGUAAGGCCUGUUCUUAGGAACAGGUCAAUUUCUAGAGUAGCGGCUUUUUGUAAAAAAGUAAAAUAAAAUUUCACAAAUGGCAUCUUUCAACACUAAGACAUACCCUGAUAAGAGCAUCUCUUAUUGUAUUCUGAGAAAUAUGAUUAUAGGUGAUUGCAUUCAUUAUAUAUAUACCUAUA